AUGGCUCCCGCACGCAUUAUUGAGGAGGUCGACUGGACGUCGCCGUUGUACGAGCCGGCAGCAUAUGACGGCCCACCACGGAAUCUCGAACAUAUAAAUCAGCUCGACUUCGACCCAUCGUUACAACCCAAGGAGUAUCACCUACAGGGAACCCAUCCUGACUCUAUUAUCCUGUUCCUGGAUGUGGAAAUACUCGAGUGCACUGGAAAGCUGCCAUACAGAGGUGAUGUACUCAUCAAAGGCGAACGGUUUGCUUCGGUUGGCCGAGUCGAGGGCGUGGAAGAGCUCAAGAAAAACCCAAAGGUCCGUGUAUUCAACGGCAGGGGAAGGACUUUGAUCCCGGGGCUGGGCGAUGCACACACACAUCUGUCAUGGAACGGCGGAGACCUUGAUCGGCUUGGUGAACUCGGCGUUGAAGAGCACACUCUUCUGACUGCGCGAAGUGCGGCAUGCUAUAUUGACUCCGGCUACACAAUGUGUUUCGGGGCGGCCGCGGCAAAAGAGCGACUUGACAUUGUCAUUAGAGACGCAAUAAAUGCAGGAGACAUUCCUGGCCCUCGAUAUCUUGCCAACGGGAAAGAGAUGGCUCGGCGCGAUGGAGAGCUUGUGGCAGGUAUUACAGCAUUCGCAGACGGCCCGGACGAAAUGAGAGAAGUCAUUCGACACCAUGUCGGACUUGGCGUCGACAAUAUCAAGCUUUCGAUGUCUGGAGAAGAGAUCACUGAGAUUCGAUCGGCUCAAGACUGCUACUUCACCGAUGAAGAGUCGGCUGCUUGCGUGGACGAAGCUCACAAGGCAGGCAAGAGGCUAUGUGCCCAUGCACGAGCACGUGACUCGGUGAAGAUGUGUGUAAGGCAUGGUAUUGAUGUGAUCUACCACGCUUCCUAUAUUGACCAGGAGGGCAUGGACAUGCUAGAAGAAAAGAAAGUUAAACACAUCGUUGCACCUGGCAUUAAUUGGCUCAUCGCUACACUGAAUGAUGCAGGAGCCUUCGGUUAUCACAAGGAGAAGGCCGAACAGGUGGGCUACAAGAAGGAGCUUGACCAUGCUAUUCGCGGCUUGCGGGAGAUGCAUCGUCGAGGAAUUGUUGUACUCCCAGGCGGAGACUAUGGCUUUGCCUGGACUCCACAUGGCACUUAUGCUCGUGACCUUGCGCAUUUCAAGAACCUCCUAGGAUUUACAUCUCACGAAGCACUGAUUGCCGCCACAUACGGCGUAGCGAAGCUCUUUAUGCGCUCUCACGAAAUGGGUCAGUUGAAGGCCAGCAACUUCGCGGAUUGUGUGUUGGUUGACGGACGUCCACUUGAAGAGAUCGAGGUGCUGCAGGAUCAUGAUAAGCUUAAUAUCAUUGUCAUCAACGGAAGAGUGCACAAAGCAGGACGAAAGGAGUAUGUUGCGCCACCAGUUGCUGGACAAGAUGGCAAUUCGCACCCUAUAGUCCCUGACAUGGACUUUCCGGAGGUGAAGAAGGAUAUGCAGAAGUCGUAUUGA